CUGUUUGCCAGUCACGUGAGUCCCUGGUCUAAAUAAAGGCCACAUGAAGUGCAUGUAAUUAUGUCACUAAUUACAUGUUAUCGGGAUUAUUCCGGUUUAAGAACAGAAAACGUGAUUAAAUCCAGUCGUCAGAACUGAGCACGGGCAAAGAGCGGCAUACAGCAGGGCAAAGAGCGACAUACACCGGUAGAUUACAACUCUCAUUUCAUAAUGGAGGGAGUGCGCUUGUUGAUUGUGUUGAAGCUGGCGGCACUUGCCAUAUUGCAGACACGUGGAUAUACAGCCCAAACCCCCUGUGACAUGAACAAUGGUCGGUGCAGUGACAUUUGUGUCCCCUACCCAGACUUUCAAAUGCCGUACGACGAUCUUCCGACUGGAUACUUCUGCGCAUGUCCAAGAGGGAAAGCAGCAUUCAGAGGGACUCUGUGCUUACCAAGAGCACAUCCCUGUUUUGACCCCCGCUUUUGCAGGGGGUUUGAAAAAUGUGUCCCCACAGGAAGCCGAGAGGGAUACGGUUACAGGUGUGACUGUAUGGAAGGCUAUGUUCCACGAGGAAAUGGACGGGGAUGCCGGCUUCUUGCAGAAUUCGAUCCCUGUGAAGGCAAUGGCGGGUGCAGUGACGUGUGCAUAUCUAAUGGGAUUUCUCGCACGUGUAGUUGCCGUUUGGGUUACAAGCUUGACAGUGACCAAAAUACAUGCAUGGAUGUCCAGCCACCGACCAUAACCUGCCCCAAAGUUGACCCAGUGAUGUCUACGAACAGAGAGGUCUACGUGUCCUGGGUCCAACCGACGGUAACGGACAACAGUGGCAAACCCGUGACGGUGAUCAGCAAUUUAAGUCCAGGGAAGUUUUACUGGGGGCGGUACAAGGUAGUCUACGACGCCAGAGAUGAAUCUGGAAACCGCGCAAGUUGCUCUUUCACGCUUAACGUAGGACCCCCCAAGUGCCCUGAUCUCCACACACCUAUCAACGGAGCUGUCAGCUGUGACACUUCUGGUUUUGGAAAGUUCUGUACUCUUCAGUGCCAGAACCCGUACGAUUUUGACUUGCCAGCCUUUAUGAGGUCCGUGCCAUAUUACUACGUGUGUGGAUCGAGUGGAACGUGGUCUCCAACCAUCCAAGUGCCCGACUGUACUCGAUACCAGAAUCCAAAUGGCAACCUCGUUCGGACCUUAUACUACGAUUAUGAAUGCCCGGAUCCUAGGGCCCGGAAGCAAAUCAAAGAAAAUGCUGUGAGCAAUUUCAAAAGGUCGCCUUUUGGAUUGGUAUGUAAUUGCGACGUCACAGUCAAAGACUUCAGAGUUAUCUGCGGCGCCACCAACACCAGUGCUGUGCGUGGAACACCAGGUCAAGGUUCCAAGUAAACCCAUUCCGGAAGAACGUGGCAGGGUGAUUGACAACUUUGCUGGUCGAAUACAAACUUGUCGUCGGCGAAAUUUCGGCCAUUUAGAACACGUGUUGUAAAAAUGCAUUCUCUUAGCUUCGACAUCUAAUCAAUGUUUUUCUAGUUGUUAUUAUAUCAGCUUCAAGGAAAUGUAAUCCUGCCUCAGAUUUUUUUUCCAAUGAUAAAUCAUUAUCAUAUUAAUCGGUCCCAUGUGUUUUAUUGUAAAUGGAGAGAUCAUAGAAACAGUUGACAAUUUUAUCUACCUUGGUGCAGCAAUCACAAACGACUGCAAUGACAGCAAAGAGAUAAAAAGGAGACUUGCAAUUGUCAGAAAAACAGUGAUUAGUCUCUCAAAUAUUUGGAAGGAUAGAGCCAUUACGAUGUGUACGAAACUUAGAAUUUUGAAGACUCUUGUAUUCCCUAUUGCAACAUACGGAUGUGAAUGCUGGGUGGUGAAAAAAUCGGAUGAGGAUGAGAACCGACUAAAAUCAUUUGAAGCAUGGUGCUACAGAAGGAUCCUGAGAAUUAGUUGGAAAGAACGGAAGACAAAUGAAUGGGUCUUGGAUAAAAUUGGAAAAAUGACUCUUUUGAACAGCAUCAAUAAGCGGAAACUGUCCUUUAUGGGGAAUGUAGCCAGAAGCACAGGGUUGGGAAAGGAUAUCCUGACAGGCAUGGUCAAUGGAACUAGAAGGAGAGGGAGACCGCGACGGAGGCUGCAAGAUUAUAUAUACACAGCAGUGGGCUUGACAAUGGCUGAACUUUUCAAGGCUGCUCAGGACCGGGACUGUUGGAGGCGUACCGUUGCAUGUGCUACGGCGGGUCAGCCUUGACCCUUCCGUCUCUGAUGAUGAUGUGUUUUGAGACACCUUGUAGUUAUUCUUCAGAGUCUAACCUGAAAUACGUUGACAAUAUUUUUUAAAGUAAUCCGGUGGACGAAUAAUAUAAUGCAACACCAAUCGUCAUAAAAUGGUAGUAAUUUAUGCUUGAUAUUUGGUGGUAAAUAUCCCGAGUGUUUUCACUACAACAAAUUACGUGCACUACUUUGCAUUUCCUUUCGUGAAUAAAGCACUACUUAUUUUCGUUAAGACUUA